UCCCUCACCAACCUAACACCGAGCCACCCGUGGAUGAAUGGUACUCUGAAUCUGAUCAGACGACCCCUUCCUCCAGCCCCUUCCCUUCUCCUCCCUGAGCUCCCCACCGCGGCCAUUGCCGUGGCUUCGCGUGACCUGCGCAAACCCACCCUCAAACCUACCCGGCGCACCAAAUCGGCUCGUAAUUUGCGAAGAACUCGAAUGUGAUACGAAGUACAAUAACGCAGCAGCACGCGCUCAUCUGUCCAUUGCUGAAUGCCUGAAUUCUUGCUGGUUCUGGAGACUUGAUAAGAACAGAUCUUCGUGUGCGUGGACGUGCGUAACAGAUUUGCUGACCCGAGGGAUUUGGAUCUCUGGAACCGCACGGAUUUGUUUUUGUGCGGUGCGUUGGACAUGAUCAAGUCGCUGGUUUAUUACGGGAACACCCCUGUUGGGGAGGUGGAGGUGUGGCCCAAGGGCCAGACGGACCUGGCAUGGGCGCGCGAGAUCCGGGUGGACCGGCUGUCCCCGGCCAGCGAGCGGUGCCCGCCGCUCGCCGUGCUGCACGUCGUCGCGGCCGGUGCCCGAUGCCUCGUGAUGGAGUCGAAGUCCACUGCCACAGCUCACGAGCCCCCGCCGCCGCUCGUCACCAUGCACACCACUUGUCUCAAGGAUAACAAGACGGCUGUUUUUCCACUUGGAGCAGAAGAGAUACACUUAGUGGCGAUGACUUCUAAGAGAAACAUGCCAAACGGUGCAUGUUUUUGGGGCUAUAAAGUGCCAUUGGGCUUAUAUAAUUCUUGCCUGAGCAUGCUGAAUCUUCGAUGCCUUGGUAUUGUGUUUGACCUUGAUGAAACAUUAAUUGUUGCCAAUACCACACGAUCUUUUGAAGACAGGAUAGAUGCUAUUCAGAGAAAAUUGAAUAAUGAGGCUGAUCCGCAGCGCAUUAGUGGUAUGUUGGCAGAGAUCAAGAGGUACCAAGAAGACAAGUCUAUCCUAAAACAGUAUAUAGAAAGUGACCAGGUUACUGAUGGAGGAGAAUUGUACAAAGUACAAUCAGAGGUCAUUCCACCCUUAGAUGAUAAUCAUCAACAACCUAUGACACGCCCGAUUAUAAGGUUGCAAGAGAAAAAUAUUAUCUUGACACGUAUAAAUCCAUCAAUAAGAGAUACUAGUGUUCUGGUGCGGUUAAGACCUGCAUGGGACGACCUUCGGAGCUACUUAAUUGCAAGAGGUCGCAAACGUUUUGAGAUUUAUGUGUGCACAAUGGCUGAGAGGGACUAUGCUUUGGAAAUGUGGAGGUUGCUUGAUCCAGAUUCAAAAUUGAUAAACUCUGUUCAACUUCUUGACAGACUUGUAUGUGUCAAAUCUGGCUCAAGAAAGUCUUUGCUAAAUGUAUUCCAUGAUGGGUCUUGUCACCCCGGAAUGGCCCUUGUCAUUGACGACCGUUUGAAAGUUUGGGAUGAGUGGGACCAACGUAGAGUUCACGUUGUUCCUGCAUUUGCUCCAUAUUACGCUCCCCAGGCAGAGGCAAACUUUCCUAUUCCAGUUCUAUGCGUCGCACGGAAUGUUGCUUGCAAUGUUAGGGCUGGUUUCUUCAAAGAAUUUGAUGAGGGCAUCAUUCCAAGGAUUACAGAGGUUUGUUAUGAGGACGAACUGGAUGACAUUGCUUCUGCUCCUGAUGUUUGCAAUUAUUUUGUUUCAGAGGACGAGAAUGCUGCUGUUUCAAAUGUAAACAAAAAUCCACUAGCUUUUGAUGGUAUGGCAGAUGCAGAGGUUGAGAAGAGAAUGAAGGAAGCUUCUUCCAGCUUUCAAUCUGCGAAUCCAAUAACAACUAAUGUUGAUGUGAUGUCAGUAGCCGCUAACCAACACUUUGGUACACCUAUAUCCUCAUCUACUCCAGUAGCACCACCACUGGGUAUGCUUUUGAAUAAUGAUCAGGAUCCUCAGCCACCUUCACUCAGAUGGCCUGUUGCUCAAUCUGGCCAUGUGGACUCUUCCCAAGGUUCUCCGGCUAGAGAAGAGGGUGAAGUUCCUGAGUCUGAAUUGGAUCCUGACACUCGGAGAAGGCUUCUCAUAUUACAACAUGGUCAAGACACAAGAGAUCCUGCAGCGCCGUUUCCUGCUGGAUCUCCUGCACAAGUCUCAGUACCACCUGUGCAAUCUCAUGAAAAUUGGUUUUGCUUAGAGGAUGAGAUGAACCCUAGAAACCUGAACAAGGUUUCAACAGAAUUUCAUUUAGAAUCUGAUUCUGUACAUUAUGAUAAGAAGCAAUUGCAGCAUACAUCAUACAUUCCUAUUGGGGAUAAUCCUAUGUCUUAUGAUAGAUACGAUUAUCAGAAUCAGAGAUAUCCUUCUCAGCCACCUCACAGUGAAGGUCAUCAUAGAUUUCAUAACCAUGCGCCUACAGCUUAUCGAUCCUUUUCUGGUGAGGACAUGGCAACUUGGUAUGCUCCUUCAGGGCAAAGAAGCAGCCAUAUGGAAUCAGGACGACAUUUUGCACGAUAUGGAGGAAUUCCAGGUGUAUUAGAGGAAAUUGCAUUGAAGUGUGGAUUUAAGGUGGAGUACCGAUCAACUUUAUGUGAUACGACAGAGUUGCAAUUCUCCACUGAGGUUUUAAUUUUUGGAGAAAAGGUAGGUGAAGGAGUUGGGAAAACAAGGAAAGAAGCACAGUGGCAAGCUGCUGAUACAUCCUUAAGAAAUCUGGCAGACAAGUUUCUAUCAUGGGACCCAGAUAAGGUGACAGUUCUAAAGGAGAAUGACUUUAAUAGGCAUCCAAAGUCACACAGAUAUCCAGGAAGUAAUAUAUAUGACACAUUACCAGUUGCAAGCACUUCAGAUGAGUCUAGAUAUAUGAAUGACAGAAUUGAUACUUUAAGAAAACCUGGUGCUUCUGUUGCUGCUCUUAAGGAGCUUUGUGCGGUUGAAGGGUAUAAUUUGGAUUUCCAUGCUCAGCCAUCUGCGGAUGGUUCAGUAGGUAAAGAAAUUCGUGCUCAGGUAGAAAUAGGAGGAAAAGUCCUGGGUAAAGGAGUUGGAGUAACAUGGGAGGAAGCUAAGCUGCAGGCUGCUUAUGAGGCAUAUGGAACGUUGAAAUCCAUGCUCGGUCAAUUUGUUCCGAGGCAAUCUGCAUCUCCAAGGUCAAUGGUGCCAAAUUUUAAUAAGCGCUUCAAUCCAGAUUUCUCCGAGGCACUACAAAGGAUUCCUUCAGGCAGAUAUUCUAGAAAUGACAGUCGUUUUCCUUGAUAUUAUAAUUCUGGAUCCUGCUCUUCUAGUAUUCUUCAUCUCACGGGAAAUGACUCGGAAAAUCAUGGCAGCACGUUGCUCCAGGACAAAUCGACUACUUCGGUAACUGCAACUGCAACUAUAGGCUGGGUGGCGCUGUGUACUGUGUUUUCAGCUGUGUGUACAGGUAAUUGCACAUUUCCAGCCGACAUUAUCCGUGAUCUGUGAAAAGUAACUGCUGGAGCUUGCACAUUGUUUGUUGUGACCUAAUCUCUGUGAGCCCUUAAGAUAUCGUCUAACUUACCUCAAAUCUGUCAUUUGUGAUGCUGGAGCUGAGGGGUUACAGUAGGGUGGCUGCUGGUGUAGGUAACCAUUUCUUGUGUACAUCGAUCAAAUUAGACUUCAGUGUUUAUUGGUGCUGGGUUGUUGAGCUCGAGUUGACUGCCAAUUAUGUUCAGGCGGCGACAGACAGAACUGUGUUAACAAAUCUUAUGACACGUAUGUUUCAUUUUUCAUUUUGGUCAUAUGUUUCAGAUUCGGGAUGUAAUUUGAUUUAACAACUUUGCAUCGUGGUAUUGUUUGAUCUA